AUGUCAUUCUCAACCACUCUGAGUCUUACUCAGCCUCGGUCCACCUCCAGCCCAGCUCCAGCCCAUCCACGCCUGUUGACCGUCAAGCUUUAUCCUUCCUUAUCCUCCUCGGCCAUCGACCCAAGCACCUCAGGCUCAUCAAACCAGAUCAUCUCAGUCUCUUCCUCCCAAUCCUCCCCUCACUCAAAGUUCCUCGUUCAACAUUACCAUCUGCCACGCUCAUCGGUUCGCUCGCCAUACAAUAGCUACCUGAUCGACUUGAAUGGCUCGAGUGAACACGCCAACCUUGCCGGAACUAUUACCGCCAUUGAGCUGGCCGUUACUAAUCGGGCGGCGCUUUCCCCAUGCUUGGUCUUUGGAACAAACACCGGCGCUUUAUAUCUUACCAGAUCUGAUUUCUCGCGACCGCAUUCAAAACUGAAACAACUUCACAGAUCACCUGUAUUAGCUCUCGCAAGUUGUCCACUUGAGAUUCUGCCCACUGUCCUGAUCAGUGGAUCUUCGACCGAACUUCUACUCUGGGAUCUUGACGAUCGAAGCGCACAGCCAACCUGUUUACGUGCCUUUGGACGUCAGAAUCCUAAAUUUCUUUCAAAUCCGUACGCCUCAAUCUUGGUUGGAGUUCAGUUUCGUAGGCUUUCGAAUCGAGAGGUCAACGUGCUAGCAGAGUUUGAAGAUGGAUUGAUCUCCUGUUGGAAUCUGAACGUCUUACUGCAUCGCGAGUUAAUUAAGCCAAACCCCAGCCUGUUUUCGGCGAAAUAUCAAAAAUCGUUUCCAUUACUCGAUGCUUGCUGCGCUUCGGCUGAGGAGAAUGAUUUUCACGUGUUUGCUGUUGAUCCCCAAGAUGGCUGGGUUCAAAAGUCUCAGAACAGUCGGAAGCUGUUUCAACUUUCUAGUUCGAUCUCCCACUUUAUUGAACUGCUGGCCCUCUUCCAAGAUACUCAACAGUUGAUGAAGAUCGCGAUAGAUGAUGCUUCACAUACAGAACCGCCGGGCAUUACGAUGGCCCAAGUAGAAUCUGAUUGUACAUUCUUCCACUAUGAUCGAUCCGAUGGAUGGCUCGUCACCUGUAAAUCGACCACACAAGAGAUGUCGGUUAGACAAAUUGACCGAUCGCUUCCGAUGGCUCAAUCCUAUGACAUUUAUACACAAACUCAUCUCAAACGUAGUAACAGUUCUGUCAUCAGGAACCCAGGAUUCUUAACACUGGAAAUAAUCCAAGGAAUAGGGGAUUCUCAAAGCAGGGAUUCAGAUUUGAUCAAAUUGUUGCGCGCCGAAUUGGAUCAGCGUUUAAGAUUCCCUUCUCACUUGAGAUUAGCGAUCUAUAAACGAAUGUUAAUCAAAUCGAAAUCGCAAGAAGAGGAACUCACAACCACUUACUAUCGUUAUUUAUCUCGCCCUUCUCCAGAAGUGUUUAUGAAGAAAUUUCGAGCUGCUUGGAAAUUGGAAGAAGCUGAAUUCCAAUUUUCCCUAGAAACGUUAUUAUCGAUUUUUCACGGGAUGGAAAAAUAUUCAGAGUCCUCAUUGGUCGACAAAUUAGCACCAAUCUUGUACAGCUUUUUGAAGAUACUGGAAAGUGCAGAAGAAAUCAACAAGUCAGAUGAUGGGGAAGAGUCGAUAGAAUUAGUCGAGAUUUAUAAAGUUGGUUGGUUAAUGAUUGAUCGAUUUGGGGAAGGGGCCUUUGGCGAAAAAGGUAACAGUCAUAACGAUCGCAAGAAAAAUUAUGAAGUGUUCGCUGAGAAGGUUACGCAAAGAUUGCUGGACCAUCGAUCGUCGAUUGGAAGGUCCUUGUUAGAACAUCUUGGGUAUCAUUCUGUCUCAAUCGGCAAAGAAUGUUUACCCCGUCUCACCCACGGUUUUUUGAUGGGGUUCUCUUCACCAGAAUCAUUUGAGUUGAGUUUUAAAUCCUUUUCAAAAAUCACUCGGCGCAACUGCACAGUUGUUGAUAGGGCUCGAUAA